AUGGCCCUAGGUCAAUUCCAUCCCCGGAUGAUACAUGCACAGGCCGUAGAAUCAUACUACGAAAACCUUGCAAAUGAGAGCACGAAGGUGCUCGAGGCUCAGAAAGCGGCUGCACUGCAGGUGCGCGAGGCUCAGGAAGCGGCCACGCUGCAGCUUACCAAAGAAGUCGCAGGUUGCGUAGCUUCUCCACCUCCGAGCUCGCCUUUCUCCCUCGGUUCUAGCAUGGAUGAUUCGUACUCAGCUAGCGAAAAGGAUUAUCCGAGGAGAGAGGCUCCUGGGGUUGAUUCUGAUGAUGCGAGUGAGGCUUUUGUGAGUCAAGCUGCAAGCCCGAGUAGGAGCGCUGUUAGUGCGUCUUCGGAUGGUGGGGUUGAACUUGGGGGAGGCAAUUCGUCAGACGGUGGAGUGGAGCUUGAAGAGGAUGAUUCGUCAGAUGGCGGGGUUGAGCUUGAAGGGGGCGAGGGGGAGGGUGAGGUGGAAGGGAAGGCGAAGGGUAAGGGUAAAGGAAAGGCUCGGAAGUAG